ACGUGCGGCAGAUGUUAAUUUGUGAAUGCGGCAAAAACAAAUAAAUAGCAUUUAGGCAUUAUUAAAGCCUUUCCGUGCAGGCACUUUCUUGGACAGCCACCUCCACCACCGGUGAUCCUGGUGAAGGACCCGUGCAGUCCACUAUGGCGGCGCCCGGUGGAAGUUUAAACUGUGAGGACUAUUCAAUGUUUCAGGAGGUACUGAAGGUGAUGCGCACUAUAGAUGACCGCAUUGUCCAUGCCCUGAACACCACCGUGCCCACAGUCUCCUUCUCAGGCAAAGUGGAUGCCACACAAACCUGCAAACAGCUCUAUGAAUCUAUGAUGGAGGCUCAUCUGAGCAGAGACAAAGCUAUCAAGGCUUGUAUAGCUCAAACAUCAGAGGUGGUGGGACAGCUGCGUGAGCAAAGAGCAAAAGACAAUGAAAACAUGGCACUAAUCAAACAGCUCAGGAAGGAGCAAACCAAGUUAAAGUUGAUGCAGUCAGAGCUGAACGUUGAAGAAGUUGUAAAUGACAGAAGUCUGAAGGUUUUCAACGAAAGGUGCAGAAUCCACUACACGCCUCCGAAGGUGAAAUGAAGUCCUGCUUCAUGAAAGGAGCUCUUUCACUCGAGGUUUAAAUCCAGGCUGGAGCCGAAACUGUGAACUGCUGCUGAGUCCUCGCUGCAGGCUGUUCACCACCCAGACAUCUCUGACCUCUUCCCCGACACACAAAUAUAUUCCAGUGUCAUUACUGUAUUAAUUUACCACCGUUGUAAAACAGUCGCCCGUGUGCUUCUUCCAAGACAAAAUUAUUGUACAAAAAGAGUUUUUUAAAAAUGGAGUCAAAUGGUUGUCUGAGUUUGAAAUCAUUUGUAGACCUUAGACGUCCUUUUUACAUGUAUUGAAUUCAAAUGUUUACUAUGCACUGUCUUCAUCAGGAAUUGGUUCAACAACUGCUGGGUUGAUGGAUUACUGUGUCAUUUUGGACGAGUCUUCAUCAGUCCAUCCCUCAGGAUGAGAUCUACAAGCUUUGAUCAUUCCUUAAGUUUUCACACAGUGUCAAAAAUCUGUCUGUCCAAAAAUUUGAUUUGGUACCAAGCACCAGCAAAAAGAACGACACUUCCAUCAGCCUCAAGUGUACCUUAUAAGAAAUCGCCAAUCCUCCAAACUAAGCUGUCUUUGUUAAACGUGAUCUGUUGUACUUGCUUAACAACAGGAGCUGUAUUCACUACAUACGUUAGUAUUUUACUUUUUAGUGCUUUUGCCUUGAUCUGAUCAUUUUCUCUGAUUAUCAGAGAUGUAAAGAUCUCUCAACAAGGAAAGGACUAAAACUUCUAUUUCACGGAGGAAGUGUGACUGAUCCUGAUGUCAUGGCUGACAUGUUCUAUCACUGUUUUCCGACUGAAUAAAUAGAAGCACUGCAGCGGUCUGUUGCAGCCUCCUGUCAGCAGAGUGAUCACACAAGCUCCAGCAGUCCAGUACUUGCAGUUCGUUUCAUUUCCACUGGAGGGCCCCACCUGAUCACAAACGGGUAUUAAUAGUAUUAAUUAUUGUUGGUUUAAUAAAAGCUGAGUCUUCCUCCUCCUAAAACACUUGAGUAGAUUUUUUUUCCUAAAAUUUCCACCAUUAGAAAUAAAGUAAGCAAAUAUAUUUACUCCUGUGAGCUGUGUUUUCAAACAUUUUUAGGCUGAUGCAGAUAUUUCUUGAAACCCUUCUUUUAUGACAUAAAUUCUCACAUUUUCUUUGACCAAACCACACAGAUGAUGAACACGGCCAGUUAAAAAUAAAAACAUUGUGCUGUAUCUUAAAAGACUUGCAGAGAACUCAUUAACAUUUACUGGGAUUGUCAUUCCACGGACAAGAAUAUAAUCAAUCAAAAUCAAACUUGCAGUAAAUUAUUGUUACCCUCCUUUACAUGCUCUCACACUCUGUCUCUCAGAUGUACUCAAGUCCUGUAACUGCAGAACAACUAAAGUCAUUUCUGGUGAAUUUCCAUGUGUAAGGAAGUUGUGGAAGAGCAGUACUUUCACACUUCCAAAGAACAACAGAGUGUGAUGAAACUUUCCAGUGAAACACUGGAAACAACGUCUUUAUCAUUUGUUCUCUCAGAUAAAACAGUGCAUGGUAAACGCUGCAAACCGCAAUGCUUCGAUGCAUUUUAUAUCACGUGUGUAAGCUUUUUAGAGACACUUGAUUAUUUUAUCAGCACAAAUUGCACAGGUUUAUUGAAUAUGAAUAACUUGUGUUAAUUCAACUCAAUUGUUUAAGCUCGUGCCAAAGCAAAACAUCUGUGUGCAACCAAUGCCCACUAUUAACGGUUGGCGCCGCUUUGGAAGCAGAAACUGUUGGUUUGAAAGCCUUUAGUGUCUCCUUGUGGCAGGACUCUUAUACUGCACUGUAAGAUGUCGAGCAGUGUCAGCCGUAUGCUAGAAAGUGAUACAUUAAAA